AAACUCCCUCUUCUAGUCUUCUACGCGACGCGACUUCACCUUUCAAUUGCAGAUAGCUUGAAACCCUACAAUUUGCAUAUGUAUGUUUGCUUGUUGCUGCAACCGAUUGCUUUGGGGAGUACAAAACGACUGAGGCGCUGGUGAUUUCGACUCGGUUCUUUGCUAUUCUCUGCUAUUCGCUUGUUCUAUUCUUUGCUGUAGCUUGUUCUAGUCUCUGCUGGAGCUAUUCUGUAUUCUCUUCAUUGGUUCUAGAGGUGUUCCUGUUCGUCGCUUGUUCUAGUCUUCUGGUCGACUCAGUAUAAGUCCCAAUGAGGAUAACCAAUGAUGCAAUUGCAAGUUCAAGCAAAACCCAGUUGGAGAAAGGCCAAGAAAAAGAACAUGAAUUUUCGUCAUCUUCAGAAGAAGAGGAGGAUGAGAUAGAGCGUGAGCUGGCUGAUGUCACCUUUGAAGAGCUCCAAAAAGCACGCUCGAAUGGGUCACAUACUAUUUUCCGUAAACCUGAGCAGGAUAAGAAGGCUGGAAGGGCAAAUAAAAAUAGGCCAAUGGAGGUUAGCUGCAAAAAGCCUGUGAGUCGAUUUAAGGAGGUUGUUCAGGCUCCUAAAAGGGUUGUGCGUGAUCCUCGUUUUGAAUCACUGUGCGGUGCACUUGAUGAAGAGGGGUUUAGGAAGAGAUACAGUUUUCUGUAUGAGGAAAACCUUCCUGCUGAGAAAGAGGAACUAGAGAAGCAAGUAAAGAAGUUGGAAAAAAAGGAAAAGAAACUAAAGAAAACGCCUGACUUAGAACUCAAGGAAGAGUUGAAGAACCACAUAUCUUUGAUUGACAAACAGCUGAAAUCUGAGCCAACCAAAACUAGGGAUGCAGCAAUACUGGCUAAGCAUAAGAAGGAGGAAAGAGAAGCGGCAAAGAAAGGGAAACAACCCUUUUAUCUUAAGAAAUCCGAAAUACGGAAGCAAAGGCUUGUUGAGAAGUUCAACAAACUGAAGGCUUCUGGCAAACUUGAGUCCUUCAUUGAGAAACGGAGGAAGAGAAAUGCUUCGAAGGACCACAGAUACAUGCCAUAUCGUAGGUCAGAAAGCAAAGAGUAACAAAGUUGAUACUUCCUUAAGAUUUCAGUUGUAUUUAUGUUUUAAUUUUUAAAACAGCUAACAUGUUUUGGAUGCUUUAAGUGCUGAGAAUUUUGAUAUUUGUAGUUGAUUUCUACAUAACAUGCUUGAAUGAUAAUUUCCAUUGGCUGUUUUCUCUCAUUAUUGGGGAAUUUUUCCACCUUUUGGAUUUAGGUUUGGCUCAUCUUCUUUA